CUCUCGGUAGGUUUCGGGAUCGCCCGGACAUUUUCGCCUCUUUGUUUUACUGAUAGUGGAUUUAACUCGGAUUGAACCCAAUAUCCUGCGGACUCCUCUGCUACCAAACAGGUGUAUGAGGGGCGGUCCGUGAUGAAGAGUUAGCCCCUCCCCCUUUCCUGGACACGCGAGCUGAUUGGCUCCCCUCCUCAGCUUACACAUGGCGGCCCUCGGGAACCCAGACAUGUUGACGCGGAAGAUUAAGCUGUGGGACAUCAAUGCCCACAUCACCUGUCGUUUGUGUGAGGGCUACCUGAUAGAUGCCACCACCGUAACUGAGUGCUUACACACCUUCUGCAGAAGCUGUCUUGUCAAGUAUCUAGAGGAGAACAACACUUGUCCCACAUGCAGAAUUGUUAUUCAUCAGAGCCAUCCACUGCAGUAUAUCGGUCAUGAUCGGACCAUGCAGGACAUCGUGUAUAAACUGGUUCCAGGUCUUCAGGAAGCGGAGAUUAAGAAACAGAGAGAGUUCUAUCAGAAGUUGGGAAUGGAAGUCCCAGGGGACCUGAAAGGAGAGCUCUGCAACCUCAAACCUCACCUGGAGACCCAACGCAAUGGUGAUGUGAAGACAGAGGACUCGGCCAAUAAGGAGCAGGAGAAGCCAGAGGAGGAUAAUGAUUAUCACCGGAGCGACGAGCAGGUGAGCAUCUGUCUGGAGUGUAACAGUAGUAAGCUGCGUGGUCUGAAGAGGAAGUGGAUUCGCUGCUCGGCUCAGGCAACCGUCCUUCACCUCAAGAAGUUCAUUGCCAAAAAACUCAACCUGACGUCCUUCAAUGAGAAGUCUCCGCUGCUUCUACAUUACAGACCCAAGAUGGACCUGCUGUAGGGACCAGUCUCACAUGAUGCGUGAUGGAGUAUUUAUGCAGAGACGAUCAAGCCAACGCACACACACACACACACACACACACACACACACACACACACACUAACGUACAUACCUCACACAUACUCAUGGGCACACACAUUCAUACCAAAACACACACACACACACACACACACAUACACACACAGCCUCAGGAACAGCCCAUGCCGUCCUGCGGCGUCUGUGAAGCAAGAAGAGCUGGCGGAAGAUUAAACGUUAUAAACUUUAUAUUUAUACUUUUGUACAGAAUAGAGACAUGGACCCAGAACCUACUCGGUGCUCUGUUUACAACCCAACUCACCAACAAACGACCGAUCACAACAACAACAACAACACCACUGUCGGCUGUUUGUUUACCGACCGACCCAUCUGCCCUCUCCGUCUGAGAAACCCACAGCAGGACAAAUUGGAGCUCUUUUUUCGGUGGGAGGAGGGGGUGCGCGACUGUCCCCGCCCCCCCAGACCCUGGCCACGCGAGCUCUGAAGACUUUUAUUAUGGACCGUUUGUUUGUUUGUUUGUUUGUUUGUUUGUUUGUCAUUUGUUUGUUUGUUUGUUUGCGUUGGUAUAUUGUCUCUGAGCUUCUGUCUCUUGCUUUGCUUUUGGCUCCUUCUCCACGAUGGACUGUGAAUAAGCAGAAAUGAGUGUUGUAAUUUAUGUUCCUUAUAGAAUCCUGUACAUAGAAAUAAUUAUGAGGGGGAUGGGAGCGAUACAGAAGAAUGAAAGAGAGAGAGAGAGAAAGAUUACAGACUGUUUAGAGCAGUUCCUUAAGUGCUGUCGGGGGUUAGCGGUGUGUAGCCAUUUAGUCCGUGGGUAGCCCACCUAGCUACAGAGUGUAGCAGGAGCACACACACACACUCACACUCACACACACACACGCACACACACACACACCCCACAGCGCAAGCUACAGCUUUGUUAUCAGUAUGAACUCAUGUGCCAUCGACAAGAGCAUUAACUAAUACAGUAGCCCACUCACCUAGCAUUAGCCUGCACGGUUGGCAACCAAUAACUCUGCGUCCUUGGACCGUGCUGACAUCUAGCCAAUGAAGGCAGUGUUCAUGAUGUGCAAGUUUAACCUGCAUUAGGAGCAGUGGUCUAUGGGGCUAGCCUGGGCCUUAGCUGGCACUAACAGUAGUGGAUUAUGGGGCUAGCCAGGGCUUUAGUGUUAGCAUUAGCAGCAGUGAUCUAUGGGGCUAGCUUGAGCGGGAACGUACCUAUAUUCCCCGGGUCCUGUUUUGCCCAGGUCCUAUGUUCCCCGCUUUUGGAGAAAACCGGGGAACAUAGGGAUGACCCCGUUUGAGCACUAGCUUUAGCCUGCUGGAGGUCACAGCACUGGCUCUCUUCCUCCCUAAUACCCACUGACGCCACCUCACCAGUGAAGUGUGCCGUUUCUGCUUCAGCAGCAGCACCUGUUAAAUUCACACACACUCACACAUGCACACAUACACACACUUUAAGGCUACACACGAGGUAUACGUACAUGCAGGGCCAUAAAUUCACAUGACACACACACACACACACACACUCACACACUCACAGGUGUGCACAAGGACACAAACACACACCUACCCAUGAGAGACUAAGUGAAAGCGUUGCAUAGCCAGCCAUUUUCUAAAACUUUAACAAUGUUUUUAAUUGUUUUUUAUUUUCAUGGAUAAAAGCAUUUCUGUAAAUAUUAAUGAGUAUUUAAAACACUUAGAUUCUUAAUCAGACCUGCACAUGGUCUUUGACCUCUGGGUUUGGUAGGUUUGGCUGCCACUCAGCCCUGAUGGCCAAUCACGUGUCAGUUUGGGGGCGGAGAAUGUAGAUGAUUUUAUACAGACAACCAGCUCCUUACUGGGAUCUGUCCAGCUGCCUACCAGAUAACUAACCAGCUCCACCAAAACACAGACACACAUACACACAUACACAAACACACACAGAGCAUCCUACAAUCUGUCUGUUAUUUUUGUGUUUCUGUGUUUAUGCUGAUAUAAUGAUGGUUUGUUUGAUAUUUCUGACCACAUAAAUAGACAAACCAGGAAUCGUGUUGAUCAACGUGGAUUUAGUCCUAUACUGUCCUGAGACAAACACGCUCGCACACACUUAGAAUGUAGGUCCUAGCCUACGUUCCCUGGUGGUGUGAUGCCAUAUGUUUGUUUGUAUUAUCCUGAGGUGUUUACGGGAGUGUUUCCGUGGCAACCCCUGGUGCUUCCGGCGCUCUGAGCCGAUCAUGGUGCUGAAGGGGUCUUAACAGCUGUGCUGGAACACAUCCUAGUGUUUCUCCACAAAUCUAACUACACCCGGGUCCUACUGUUAUGCUAUUAUUUUAUCUAUGUGCGCACGCACGCACACGCACACACACACACUCACACACACACAUGUUCUCAUCUCUGAUUGAAAGGUCUCUUUAGGCAAUAGUGGCAUUCUCAAUACACAUGGUAACAGAGUUUAAAACUGUGGGUGUGUGUCAGGUGCUAUGACAUUUUUUUGCCAUGAGAGGGCAACAUCUUACAUCUCUUCCUGCACGUUUCUUAUGUUACCCCACUUCAUGUGCAUCUUUCUCUCUUGUACAAACACAAACACACACACACACACACACAAAACACACUUGGAAUGUAGGUACGAACCUAUGUUCCCGGGUCAGUUCUAGAACUGCCUCAGGAGAGAAUGAGCCAUACACACACACACACACACACACACACACACACACACACACACACACACACACACACACACAGGUUUUGCAGUGGAGGUUUCAUUUUAGUUUUAUAUGUGAAGUUAUGUCUUGAUAAGUAUGUUGUUCUCUAAUGUUUUUUUUGUGUACACAAAACAUGCAAACACACACACUCACCCAAGACUUUCUCGUGACACUAUUCCCCUACAUCCCGUUCGUAAAAUUACACACUUUGUAAAAUCAAACACAUACACACACACACACACAAACACACACACACACACACACACACACACACACACUGCGGUCUCAUUCCAUUCCAAAGGAACAAAUGUGCAAUAUACAUUUCAGCUCAUCCCUGCUCAUUUAAGUCCUCUCCCUGUGCACACACAUACACACAUACAGACAGACAGACACACUCUCUCUCUCUUUGGGUUUGCUGUUGGAGGUUGCUCUGUCCUCUGCUUUUUUUAUUCUGAUUUAUUUAUUGUUCAUGUGAUGACCUCAUGUGAUUAAUUAACAAGCUGAUUAGUUACGGAAGCCCAAACUGAUUCGGGGGGAGUUGCUAUCUAAUGGAAGCUUUUUUUUGUUGAAAAAUUGAAAAGUGUGUAUUUCAUGAAUAAAUGCCUUACAAAAAUG